GAGGACCUGCUUUACCACCUUGCCGAGGCUGCAUCCGCUCUUGAUUCCGCUGGGUUGUGGGAACUGCUGCGGCCUAUUUAUAAUUUAAUGAUUCCCAUAUUUGAGGCACGUCACGACUAUUCGGCUCUUGCAGCUGCAUUCCAUCAUCUUGGUCGUGCCUACGAGUCAAUCGGCAAGGCUGAAACGAGCGGGCAUCGGCUGUUUGCUUCCUAUUUUCGUGUCACCUUCUAUGGUCACCUCUUCGAGAGUCAUGCUGGAAAAUCGUUCGUCUAUCGAAUGAACGCCUGUCAAAAGCUGACGGUAGUCUGCGCCGAGCUGCUAAGAUUAUAUCGGUUUAAGUUGGGUGAAAGUGUAGAGCUGCUUUCUGAAAACUUUGUCGACGCACAACAACUUGAUUUGGGAAAGGCAUAUAUUCAGGUGAGCCCUUAUCUGCAAUCUUAUUCCUUCUUUUAUCCAUACCUUCCUUUCCCAUUGUUGCUGAAUCAUUAUACUUCUGGAGUAGGAAGUUUUAUGAAUAUAGUUUUUAUCAUUAGCAAUUCUAGUUUUUCACUUUUAUUUAUUUGGGUAGAAUGCAAUUCCAUUUUUUUGAAAUUAGUCCCCAUUUUAGAAGUGGGUUGA